CGGAUUAAACGAAUUAAUUAACAGUUUGCAAAAAAAGAAUCCGCCAAGUAACGUUACUCCAAUUCCUAAUGAAUUAAUAAGCACCAGGUCAGCUCAACUAUUAAACUCAAUUCAAGCUGAACUUGAAAUUGACGGGGUAUUACCACCGGACGACUUGGAAGAUGAAAGGUCAAAUGAAUUUGUCAUGGAAGUGAAUGAAUCAUCAUCUCUUAAACCCAUUAAACGACACGAGGACGAUGGCUUGAAAACUGAGUUGGUUAUACUACAAAGUCAAAUGAAUAGAUUAAGAACCGAACAAGACAAAUUAACUUUAAAUAUUGAUCAACAUCGAAAACAAAAAAAUGUCAAAGUUCAUGGAGAAUCAAGCAAUCACGCUUAUAAACGUUUCACCCGCAUGGUUGAUUCCAAGGAAAGCUUGGAUGAUAGUGAUAGUAGCGGAAUGGAUACCGAAAGAGAUGAAGAUUCUUACGCGGAAUUAAUUAAGAAGCAGGAAAAAGAAAUUAAUAUGCUUCGUCAAAGGAUUAAGAUUUAUGACAAUCAAAUCAAAGAGUAUCAGUCCGUGAAUGGUGUGGUGAACGCAAGUCACAUGAUCGACACGGACGAAGCAAAAGGCAUCAAAGGUGAAUUCAAGAAUUUACAACGAUCGUUUCAUAAAUUCACGAGCGUAUCGGGCGAGGUGGAAAUCAAAGAAGCAAAUUCUCUAUUGGAAUUAUACCAAUUGGAAUCAUUCCAGGAUAACUCCAAAUCAUCAAAGAUACAUUUGGCCGCAGCACUGGAAGCACGUUUGUUAUCAACACUUCAAGAAGAAGUUGAAGGUUACUUUGCAGUAACGAAAAAGAACUCAUAUUUGGGAGAAGAUUAUGAUGACAAUCAACUUGAGUUGGACCUAGUUGAAACCACUGAAAAAUUAGUUGAAUUACUAAAUCGAUUUGCAAACGCUCGUACCAACGGAGACGAAUCUCUCAAGAAAACAUGCAGCGAAUUUCGUUCUCUAAUCUAUUCUACACUAAGUACCUACUCCUUUAAAAAAUCUGGAGAUGAAACACAUCCAUUUAUAAAUUCAUUGGUGUCACAGUUCAUAAAAUUCAUGGAAGCAUAUCGUGCAUUCUCAUCGACGACCGAGAUAUCGCAAGUUAAAGAAGAGGCGAAGCAAAUUAUCUUGGAAUUUAUUUCUCUUGUUUAUUUCAAAUUAAAAUCUUUUGAUCCUCAACCGGAAUUGAUUUUUUAUGAUCAAUGUUCAGACGUUGACGAACGCAAAAUGAAAGGCGCUUGGAGUAAAGCCGAUUCAUUAAAUCAAGAGGUUGAAAUUUGUUAUUUCCCCGCUGUUAUAAAAAAUAAUACCUCUCAGAAUGUUCCGAUCAGCAAAGCUCAAGUGUUGACUCGACCUCGUUAUAAACCAACGACACAGAUUUAA